AUGAGUAUAUCCACAGAAAACAAUUCCAAUAACAAUAGCGCUUCUAACACUAAUGCAAUCACUCCUGCAAUUAUUGCUAAAAAGCUAUCAGCUAUUGUUCCUGCUAACACAAAAGAAGUGAUUGAAGAAGUUAAAUCAUAUUUAGAUUCAUAAAAGCUUGAUAAAGAUGGAUAUCGUUAAAUCUGGAAAGGAAUCUUCUUUGCUAUGUGGGCAAGUGAUAAAGUUCCUGUUUAAUAAGCUCUAGCUGAUGAAUUGGCUAAUCUUAUUUUUAGUGUCAAUAAACAAAAAUUUGAAGCCAUUAACAUGUGGUUUUAAGCUUGUUUCAAUAUAAUGAAUAAGGAAUGGGCUAAAAUUGAUUACUGGAGAGUAAAUAAGUUCUCCUCCUUAAUGAGAAAAGUUAUAACUGCCUUUAUCAGAUAUUUAAGGAAGAAAGGCUAUAAUACUGAUUAUGUCAGAUAAUUCAGCAAAUCUGUUCAUGAUGAAUUCUACGUUGAACAAACUCAAACAGUAAGUGGAUUAGCUCUACAUAUUAUGCAAAUAUUCCCAGAAGUUUUGAGUCAUUUUACUAGUGCAAAACAUGAUUAAGUUUGUUUGUUUCUUGAUAUCUUCUUGAAAUAGCUCAAUCCUAAUUCUUGCAAGGGACUUAGAUAAAAAAUAAAGGAAUGCAUUUUCGAAAAAAUAAUAGAAUUGAAGAAUUCAUCUUAGCUAUAUUAAAAUUUUAACUUGAAAGCUUAUCGUGAAAAGUUAUUUGACAUAGCAAAAAAGAAGAAAACUGAUGAUGUCUCAAGAAAGGAAAUUUAUGAAAUAGUCGAGCUUAUAGAUGCUAAUGUUUAAUUAGAUGAAGAAGAUGAAAGAUAUAACAAGUACAUUAAAGAAAAGGAAGAAAAUAGAUAAAAGGUUAAUGCAGAAAAAGAACUUAAAAAGAAAGCCAAAGAACCUUCAUAAAAGAAAAAUAAAGAUGAAAAACAAUCAAAUAAAAAAGAAGAAAAAGUUAACAAGAAGGCUGAUUUAGAAAAUGAAGAGUAAAACAAAUAAAAAAAGUAAAAACUCAAUGAUACAUCUGCAAAAUCAGUUGAUAAUAAAUAGUAAAAGGUGACUGAGUCAAAUAAAAAAAAUGAAGAAUAAAAAGAAAACAAAAGUUCAGCAAAUACUAAAAAUGAAGAAAAGUUAACUAAAUAGCAAAAGAAAGAGCUUAAAAAGUAAGAAAAAUUAUAGCAAAUGAUAGAUGAGGAAGAAAAGAAACUUUUAUAAGAAGAAAAAAAACUCAAUUAAAUGGAACAAAAGCUAUUAAAAUAGGAAAAAAAUGGUGAAAAGCUUUCUAAAAAUGCUAAGAAACAAGUAUAGGAACCUGAAUAAAAUGAAGAAGAUUGGGAUGAUGAAGAAGACGAUGAAGAAGAAGAUUUUUAAGAUGAAGAAGGAGAGGAAGAUGAUGAAGACGAAGACGAUGAAGAUUUCUAAGGAGAAGAAGAUGAAGAAGAUGACGAAGAAGAGGAUGAAGAAGAAGAUUGCGAUGAAGAAGAAAUGGAACUUACUGAGGAAUAAUUAAAAGCUAUAUUAGGCAAAAACGGUGAUUUGGAAGAUGAUGAAGAUGAAUUAGAUGAAGAAGAAUUGCAGAUGUUAAUUAAAGGUACUGCUGAAGACAUUGAGGUCGAUGAUAUGGAUGAUGAUUUUUACUGUGAAGAUGAUUUUGAGGGAUAUGACAUUUAGGAAGUUACUAAUAAUCCUCUCAGAAUUAAUGGAUUAUAAAAUGUCUAUAACAGCUUACCUGAAUAUCAUUUUCUUUCAGAUCCUUAAAAAAUUAAAUACUUUAAUAACUUAACAAGCAAAUUUAAAUAAAAUCUUUUAAAAGAAAAAACAAAUGGCUGCUCUCAUAAAAAAUCUGUAAUUAUCAAUACAAACAACAACUUGAUCAAAGAGUUUGAUUUGAAUGAAGAAGUCACAGCAAUCUCUAAAGCCCCUGUCAUAAAGAAAGCCAAAAAGGUUAAAACAGCAGCUUGA